CCACGACCUCACAUCGUCACCAGAAGAGCUGGCACAAGUCCCAACAAUCAGAUCAAGUGCAAACAGACUCUUUUAAUAUAGAAAAAUGAUUGAUGCAGGUGUUUUGGUGCAGGAAUUGCGCACGAAAGGAAACGUAAAAAAUAGGCAGCGGAGGUGUGCGCAAUUCCUGCGCCAACUUUCUCUGUAGCAUUUCUGUCUAAUAUAACUUCCAAGAGGAGAAAAGUGCGGAUCCGAAAAGAGUCGGUCUGAGAGAUGGGGGAAGCGGAGGGAUUGGUGAAACACAUUCUAUUAGCAAGGUUCAAAGAUGAAACGCCACAGGACGAGAUCGAUAAACUCAUCGAGGGUUAUGCCAACCUCGUCAAUCUCGUCGAACCAAUGAAGUCCUUCCACUGGGGCGGGGAUGUGAGCAUUGAAAGCCUGCAUCAAGGCUUCACUCAUGCUUUUGAGUCUACUUUCGAGAGUACAGAAGGUAUUGCUGAGUAUUUAGCUCAUCCUGCCCGUGUUGAAUUUGCAAAUUUGUUCCUUCCCAUGUUGGAUAAAGUCCUUGUAUUCGACUACAAACCCACAACCGUUCAAAUGUGAAUAAAAAAGGCAAUUCAUCUUUGAUCCUAUUAUGCUGCCAUCUCAUGGAUUGAUGACAUUUGAAGAACUCACAUGCUAUGCGAAACUGAUGUUGAUGAACUCUUCUGUGCCGUAUUUUAGUUAUGCCAUGGUGAUUGAUAUUGUUUGAAAUAAAAUAUAAAUCUGUACUCUUUGCUGAUA